CAGCAGCAGCCGCUGUCACCGGCAUGUCUGCGGGAUGGCUCCUGCCUGCGCGCCCGGGAGGCUCCCUGCAAGGAUCGCCCCGGCGGCAGGAGCCCUGACGGAGGAGGCGAAGCUCGGCCGGGUUUGAAAGUUUGCCAGGCACCCGCUAGUUUUAAUUGCUGUCAAGAUCCGCGGGGCGGCGGGGGGCUGUUUCCCAGCAUGGGAGACAGGCGGCCGGAGACUCGCGCCAGCUCUUCCCCUGCCGUGGCUGCCAGCUCCGAGGCGGAGGAAAUAGAGGUUUUGGAGUCGGAGGAUGUCUUGCCUAUGGCCACAGAGGAUCACUGGAAAGCUCUGUUUGAUCAGUUUGACCCCGAGAGCACUGGCUACAUCAGCACUGAGAAAUUCCGAAACCUCCUCCAAAGACACGGCUCUGAGCUGGACCCACACAAACUGGAGGUUCUCUUGGCCUUGGCAGACAAUAAUUCAGAUGGGAAGAUCUGUUACCAGGACUUCGUCAACCUGAUGAGCAACAAAAGGUCCAAUAGCUUCCGCCAAGCCAUACUGCAGGGGAACAGGAGGCUGUGCAGCAAGGCACUGCUGGAGGAGUCGGGACUAAGCCUGUCCCAGAGGCUAAUUCGACACGUUGCGUAUGAAACUCUGCCACGCGAGAUAGACCGGAAGUGGUACUACGAUAGUUAUACCUGCUGUCCUCCGCCCUGGUUCAUGAUUGCAAUCACCAUUGUAGAGGUUGCCUUUUUUCUUUACAACGGAGUGGCAUUAGACAGAUUUGUGCUGCAAGUCACCCAUCCUUUAUACCUGAAGAACUCGUUAGUGUAUCAUCCUCAGCUCCGUGCUCAGGCUUGGAGGUACCUAACCUACAUAUUCAUGCAUGCCGGGAUAGAACACCUUGGACUCAAUGUUGCUCUUCAGCUUCUGGUUGGGGUUCCCCUCGAAAUGGUGCAUGGAGCAGCAAGGAUUGGCUUUGUCUACAUUGCUGGAGUUGUAGCAGGUUCCCUGGCGGUAUCGGUAGCUGACAUGACUGCGCCAGUGGUGGGUUCCUCUGGAGGGGUUUAUGCGCUCAUUUCUGCUCAUCUGGCCAACAUAGUAAUGAACUGGUCUGGAAUGAAGUGCCAAUUCAAGCUGCUGCGCAUGGCUCUUGCGUUGAUCUGUAUGAGCUUUGAAUUUGGAAGGGCUGUGUGGCUGCGGUUCCAUCCAUCUGCUUACCCCCCAUGUCCACACCCAAGCUUCGUUGCCCACCUGGGCGGGGUAUUGGUUGGAAUCACACUGGGGGUGGUCAUCCUAAGGAACUAUGAGCAGAGACUCCAAGACCAGUCCUUAUGGUGGAUCUUUAUUUUUAUUUAUGUCGUCUUUGUAUUGUUCGCCAUCUUUUGGAAUGUUUUUGCCUACAAUCUGUUGGAUCUGAAGCUACCUCCACCUCCUUGAGAGCCUGAGACAGAGAACUCUGGAGGGCAAAAGACUUUCCAUCUGCCAGCUAUGUUAAAUGAAUCGAAACCAAGGAUUUAUUUUUAUAUGAUGAUUAGGGGAUAGGUAAAUGAUCUUCUGAAAAUGCACAAGUUAAGGAAACGUGUGGCAUCGUUUUUGGCUAACUGUACUGUAUGCUGAUGAAGAUGGUUUAAGCUAAAAUCUAACAGUAGAACUGGUCUGAGAGAAGUUUGGGCAUGAGUCAUACAGGUACUCUUAACACUCAGUCGGGAUCCAAUCCUGAAGCCUCUCCAUUGUGGCUACUCCCCUGAGGAAGGGCUGCAGGAUCAACCCUAUGUUUGUAACUGGGAAUUUACCACUCGGUUUAGUAGUGCACACAUUGAUGUUUAGUUUGGGUCACUUAAAUUUUUCCAAGUUAUGCUGGAUCCGUGACUAGUUGGUUUAUGAAAAUCCUGUGUUUCACUGAACAGUAAAAGAAAAACAAGCUUCACUUUUACUAACUAGAGCGUAGGUGCUGGAACUAGGGGUUCUGCCACACACCCUGGCUUGACGUAGUAAUGACAACCCAAAUACAUGGUUUCUGCCUUCAGCAUCCCCACUGUAAAAACUGUUCCAGCACCACUGAACUAGAGACUCAAAGGACGCUGACAAGGCAACUUGAAUUUGGUUUUAACGGUUGAGUUUGACUGGUCAGCCAUGCCUAGGGUGACCAGAUGUUCCUUUUUUAAAGGGACAGUCCUGGUUUGGGGGACUUUUUUUUAUAUAGGCACCUGUGCCCCCCCCCAUCCCAUUUUUUCACAGUUGCUAUCUGGUCAUCCUAGCCAUGCCACUGCCAUUGUCUUAUUAAUUGAAUGAUUACUUAAAUAUUUAGUCUAUAGUUUAGACUGUCUUAAGCAACUUCCAAAGGGGCAAGCAAAACCCAUCAUGAUAUACGUUGAUCUUCAACUAAAUGUCAAACAAGAUUGCACUAGAAACCUUGGGGGUACCAUACAGUGGUGGUUUCAGACAGGACACCGUAUCAGAGGUAGGUCUUACCAUCAGUACAUGUUUCACUUGAUUUUUACAACCCGUUGUGGUAAAUAAUGUGGCUGAGUUUUCUUUUCUGGGUGGAGGCAGUUUAGGAUUUUGCUAAUGGUCAGUUGUGCUUUAUAUUGGUUGACAAUCAGGUUGUUUUAUUCUGCCCUUUCUUUCUGGUUAUGUAUGGUCUAACACCCUGUCUGCAAAAAGUUUGGAAAGAAUGUCAGAAAGUCUCCAGCAGGGUUUGCUUAAACUCAGUUCUUGCUAGAGGAGUGUGGACAUGAUUUCCCUCAUGUAAAACCAUGCUACAAACUAUUCAAUAUGCUAGAGGCCAAGUUUAUCCACUAAAGUCAGCUGAGUUACGCCAGGGAUUUAUUUGCCACUAGUUCCCUACCCAAGUCUGUCGUCCCUGGCUUGGCUGGUCAACUAAUGCUUGUAAAAUACUGGGAAUAACUGUUGUGUGUGGACACCA